AUGGCCCGCUUCAGCAUCUUCUCGCUUACCAUCUUCAUGGUCCUCGCUGCCAUCGCUCUGUCCCUGCCUACCAAGCGCGAUUCCACCCAGGAUCUAACCCUUGAAAAUGCGUUUGCUGGCCUAAAGACUGCCACGCAAUCGCUGGAAGGUUUGGGCGACAAGAAGGACACCAACGACAAGGAGAACGAGGACAACAAAGCUGAGCAGGCCGCCGCUGCGGCUGCUCAGGCAGCCAAGCACGACAAUGACAAUGACUCGGCUGCUAAUGACAAGAAGGCUGAUACCACGGAUGACAAGCCUAGCCGCACUCAGAAGAAGCCCAGCUCCGGUGACUUCGUUACUCCUACCGCUACUCACACUCACCACCCUACCUCCCAGCCCAACGCUUUGGGUAAGAUUCCCAUCGUCGGUGGCCUCCUCGGUGGUACUGGUGGUCCUUUGUAA